GGGUGCGAGCGGGGGACGUGGCGCUUUCCGCGCCGAGCUUCACCUGUGGGCGCCGUGGGUAACAGCUCUGCUCCUCCGCAGCGCCGGGAGCCCCCGAGCCUUCUGCUGCCGAGUUCAGCCUCCAAACAUGCGUGCGUGAAAGGCCAUUUCAAAGAUGGUUUGGCUGCCACUGAGACCUGGAGAUCUGAUGCCACAAUGAGGACUCACACGCGGGGAGCCCCAAGUGUGUUUUUCAUACACGCGGUUUGCUUUGCCUUUGCCUGCAGCGCCAGGGAGGACCAAGACACGAUGGUUCCUUUUGUCAAUGCCAACUAUGACAGCUACCCCAUGCUCUACUUCUCCAAGGGGGACGUGGAGACGCUGCGGCUCCAGGCCAGCACCACGCACCAGCACAUUGCAGCUCGUCUGAUUGAAGCAGUGCAAACCAUGCUGUCGAAUCCCCUGGAGUACCUUCCUCCCUGGGACCCAAAGGAGUUCAGCGCUCGCUGGAAUGAAAUUUAUGGCAACAACCUUGGGGCCCUGGCAAUGUUCUGUGUGCUCUUCCCUGAAAACAUGGAGGCCAUCAACAUGGCCAAGGAUUACAUGGAGAGGAUGGCGGCUCAGCCUAGUUGGCUAGUGAAGGAUGCCCCCUGGGAUGAAGUUCCUCUUGCUCACUCCUUGGUUGGUUUUGCCACUGCUUAUGACUUCUUGUACAGCUACCUUAGCAAGAUUCAACAGGAGAGAUUUCUUGAAGUGAUUGCCAAUGCCUCAGGAUAUAUGUACGAAACAUCCUACAGACGUGGAUGGGGUUUCCAGUACCUUCACAACCACCAGCCUACCAACUGUGUGGCCCUGCUGGCUGGAAGCCUGGUUCUGAUGAAUCAAGGCUACCUUCAGGAAGCUUACUUGUGGACCAAGCAAGUGUUGGCCAUCAUGGAGAAGUCAGUAGUCCUGCUGCAGGAGGUCACAGAUGGCUCCCUCUAUGAAGGGGUGGCUUAUGGCAGCUACACAACCAGAUCACUGUUUCAGUACAUGUUUCUUGUCCAAAGGCAUUUUGACAUCAAUCACUUCAGCCACCCCUGGCUCAAGCAGCACUUUGCAUUUAUGUACAGGACUGUCCUGCCAGGGUUCCAGAGAACCGUGGCCAUUGCAGAUUCCAACUACAACUGGUUCUACGGGCCGGAGAGUCAGCUGGUGUUUCUGGACAAAUUUGUCAUGCGCAAUGGCAGCGGGAACUGGCUGGCAGAGCAGAUCAGAAGGAACCGAGUGGUGGAGGGCCCAGGCACACCAUCCAAAGGGCAGAGGUGGUGCACUCUCCACACUGAAUUCCUCUGGUAUGAUGCAAGCUUGUCCUCUGUACCUCCACCAGACUAUGGGGUUCCUAAGCUGCAUUAUUUUGAAGACUGGGGAGUGGUGACUUAUGGAAGUGCUUUGCCAGCUGAAAUCAACAGGCCUUUCCUUUCCUUCAAGUCAGGAAAGCUGGGAGGACGUGCAAUAUAUGAUAUUGUUCAUAAGAACAAGUACAAAGAGUGGAUCAAGGGGUGGAGGAACUUUAAUGCUGGCCACGAACACCCAGACCAGAACUCCUUUACUUUUGCUCCCAAUGGCGUACCUUUCAUUACAGAAGCUCUGUAUGGGCCAAAAUAUACCUUUUUAAAUAACGUGUUGAUGUUUUCCCCUGCUGUGUCUAAGAGCUGCUUCUCCCCAUGGGAAGGGCAGAUUACAGAAGACUGUUCCUCAAAGUGGCUUAAAUAUAAACAUGACUUGGCUGGCGACUGUCAGGGACGAGUGGUUGCCGCCAUGGAGAGAAGUGGGGUGGUUUUCAUCAGGGGAGAAGGAGUGGGUGCAUAUAAUCCUAAACUGAAGCUGAGAAAAUUGCAACGAAACCUUAUACUUCUCCAUCCCCAGCUUCUCUUGCUAGUGGACCAAAUCCACCUAGAAGAUGACAGCCCUCUGGAGGCAGCAACCAGUUUCUUCCACAAUGUGGACGUGCCUUUUGAAGAAACAGUGGUUGAUGAUGUCCACGGGGCCUUCAUCAGGCACCGUGAUGGGAUAUAUAAGAUGUACUGGAUGGACGACACUGGCCACAGUGAGAAAGCCACCGUUGCCUCGAGGAUGUAUCCCCGGGGCUACCCCUACAACGGAACAAACUACGUGAAUGUAACGACCCUGCUGCGGCGCCCCGUCACCAGGGCCAUCUACCUUUUCAUUGGGCCCUCUGUGGACGUGCAGAGCUUCACCGUGCGCGGGGAUUCCCCCCAGCUGGAUGUUUUUGUGACCACUGGUGAGCACGCCUACGCCGUGUACCUGUGGCCCGUCGAGGACGGCUCCCGCUCUGCCUUUGCACAGGUUAUCGCAGACCGCCAGAAAAUCGUCUUUGACCGAGCCUCUGCCAUUAGGAGCUCCACAGUGCCAGAAGUGAAGGACUACAUAGGGAUCGUGGAGAGGAACAUGCAACACAUUAAGCCCGUUUUCCAGCAGCUUGAGAAGCAGAUCCUGUCUCGUGUACGCAACACGGCCAGCUUUAGGAAGACUGCUGAGCGUCUUCUGAGGUUUUCGGAUAAGAGACAGACAGAGGAGGCCAUUGACAGGAUAUUUGCAAUCUCACAGAGGCAGCAGCAGCAGCAGCGUGGCAGAACAAAGAAAAACAGAAAGGUAGCCAAAGGCUACAAAUUUGUUGAUGCCGUUCCUGACAUUUUUGCACAAAUUGAGGUAAAUGAAAGAAAAGUGCGACAAAAGGCACAGACUCAAGCACAAAAAGAGUUGCCUGUAGAUGAAGACGAGGAAAUGAAAGAUCUUCUGGAUUUUGCAGAUAUCACUUACGUGAAGCACAAAACUGGAGUGUCAAUCAAAGGCCAAUCAGGGCUGGCACAAAUGGUGACGACUACUCGAAGUGCCCCAUCAAUAUCAGCUUCUUAUACUCGCCUCUUUCUACUUCUCAACAUUGCUAUUUUUUUUGUCAUGUUAGCAAUGCAGCUCACGUAUUUUCCGAAGGCCAAGAGACUGCAUAGCCAAAGGUGUCUCUAUGCAAUACUUUUAGUAGACAGCUGUAUAUUAUUGUGGCUGUAUUCUGCCUGUUCUCAGUCACAAUGUUAGCAGAAGACUCUACUAGUUGACCAGUUUGUGGUCAUAUAUGUCUAUGCAAAAGCAUUAACCCUAAUAGGGCCAAAGUUUAUAUCUUCCUUUUUUUUUUUU